AUGCAGGCUUCCGGCCGGGCGGAAGACAUGCAGGCGCUGCUGGUGGACCUGCGGCCGGCGCCCGACAGCCUUGUGGCCGGCCAGCAGCAGCAGCAGCAGUCCAACCAGCCUGCCGCUGCCGCGCCGCCGCUAACGGCGAAUGCGGUGCUGGGCCGCUACGUGGGCGCGCCGCUUCCAGGUCCUAUGCUGGCGCGCAUUUUACCGCCGGGUCCUACUGCCAUGACUGGCAUACAAGCUGGCGGCCAGAGUUCGUCCAUCCAGAUACAGCCGGGUGGGGCCAACGUGGUGCGUCUUUCGCUUUCCAACAAAGUCUUCCUCAAAGACCACCGCAAGGAGAAGAAGAAAAAAAAGCGGCCGCCCGUCCAGGAACCAAUCACUGUGCCGAGUCAAGUGGUCGUGGCUCCGCCGUCGCAGCCACUCCCCGCACCGUCAUUAGCACCAGCACCUGCAGCCACACCCGCACCUGCACCCGUGUCCGCACCCACACCCGCACCGGCAUCCGCAGUGUCCACACCGCAGACGCCCGAAGCACCCUCGUCAAUGCCCGAGACUCCGAUGUCUGGUGGGGAGCCGAUGAGCGAGCCGCCGCCCGAAGAAGAGCCGGAGGAAGAGGCCUCGAAGAUCUGGCUGUGGAUCGUCAUAUUCCUUCUGGUCUCCACGCUCGUGGCCCUCACUGUCAUUCUGUUCCUCAAGCCAGAGUACCUCGACACACUGCUGCCUGAGAACCCCAACACCGUGCAAGGAUUGCAUGGCGGAGACUUGGCGUCUGAACUGCUCACUCCGGAGCCCUGA